AUUGCACAAACCACCUACUUUUGCUGUCGAUGUUGCGCAAACUACUCACUAUUGAUGUUUGUUGCAAAGAACACCAAUUUUACCUGUAUUUAGUUGCACAGAAGUCCAAAGUUGGGAUUAGUUUGGUUAACAACGUAACUGACUAGUGGGAACCACCAAAUACAUUGAACCAAACAAACUGAAUCGUAGAGCCUCCUGAAUCGUACUAGCUCAUCCCCUGCCUCUGUUCCCGAACGACACACGCGACCGAAAAAAAGACCCUGCGACCGUCCGACGCGGAGAGGAACGACGGCGGCGGCGGCGGCCGGCCCAUCGGCGGCGACCUGCUGGCCGGCGAUGGAGGGGUUCUUCCCCACUUCUUUGACUCCUCCACCUCCCUAUCUCGACGGCGCUGAAUCAGACCGAGCGGAGGCGGCCAUGGGAGGAGGAGAGAUGGCGACGGCGUCCGCCCCAUCUCCGGCGAGCGGCCCCGCGAGGAUGGACUCCAGCCAGAUCGUCUGCGUCGGCGGAUUGGAUAGUACAAAAUGCAGUAUGGAGUGGCCAGCUGAUUACAGUGUUGAAGCGUUGGCAUUGGCUAUUCAAGAAUGGCCGAUGAAUAGCCAAUUUGAUCUGAAUAUGGACAACAGUUUUCAGAGGGGAUUCUUGGAAGACAUUGUUGGUCACAACAGUUCAAGUGAAAAUUCAGAGUCUAAAGAUGAUGUUGCAUUUGAUGAUCACCUUGAAGGGGAGACAGAUGUAGAAGAUUUAUUCCCUCCAACUCCUGAAGAUGAAUUGGAUGAGGCUACAGUGGACAAGGCAACUGUGAGAAGGGAAGCAAGAAGCAAAGAUGCGAAGGCAAAGGCACUCAAGAUCCGACAAGUGAAACAGAGGGCAGAUGCAUGCACAAGUGAAGAUAUAUUUGUUCUUAGUGAUAGUUGUAGUGAUGACAAUAAAGAGAUUAUAAAUUUAAGUGAUGAUGAUGGGGCUGUUUUGGAGUCAAAAAUAGCACUAAGGAAGAGAAAGAGUGUUGCAAAACCAGUGAAGAAGAGAGUCUAUUAUGAUGAGAGCAAGAGCAAUGCACAUGAGCAAUUUGUCUUGGAUCUGUGCUUCAUUGAUAUCACACAAUUAAGGAAAGCUUUAGAGAAUUAUCACAUAGCUAAUUGCAGAAACUUUACAUACUUGAAAAAUAAUCAGGAGAGGGUGGUUGUUUGCUGCAGCUCGGAUGGCACUUGUCCCUUUAUGUUACACUCAUCUACAAUUAAGGGAGAGCGCACACAUUGCAUUAGGCAGAUCAUGCUGCCGCACACAUGUGGUACUAAGACCGAUACUUCAAGGAUUAACAGCAGUUGGCUCGCUAAGAAAUAUGAGGAUUUCAUAAAGAGUGAUCCAUCAAUGUGUGUAACUGCACUCAUGGAUGCUGUGCUGAGAGACCAUGGAGUUGAAAUUUCGAAGCAUAUGGCAUAUCGGGCAAAGAAUAGAGCACUUGAAGCUGUAGUAGGAGAUGAAGAUGCACAAUUUACACGGAUCAGAGAUUACAUGCAGACUGUAAUGGACAAGGAUCCGGGUUCUAGAUGCCAUGUAACAACGGUCCAGCCAGUACCUGAAAAGAAUCCAAGGUUCUGGGGACUUUUCUUCACUCUAAAUGCUCAAAUCCAAGGGUUCCUAAAUGGUUGUAGGCCUUUCAUCGGGAUUGAUGGAUGUUUUCUGAAGUUGGGAAAUGGAGCCCAAGUUCUUGCCGCCACAGCUCGAGAUGGCAAUAACAAUAUGUAUCCUCUAGCAUUUGGGGUUGUUGGAAAAGAAGACACGGUGACAUGGGCAUGGUUUCUGAAUCAGCUAAAGUAUGCGCUCGGUGGAACAUCAGGUCAGUUUGGUAAUUAUACCAUCAUGUCCGACAGGCAGAAAGGCCUCUUAGCUGCAGUGAACUUGGUAUUUCCUGAAUCUCGACAUAGGUACUGCCUUAGACACAUUUUUGCAAAUUUUCAGAGUGCCGGGCACAAGGGUGAGGGCCUAAAGAAAAUAAUAGAUGCUGCUGCCUAUGCAUUUGAUAAGGCUGACUUUGAUGUUGCCAUGGAAGAACUGAAAAAACAGAUGAGAAAGCAUGGGAAUGGUUAUGUAAAAUACCAUCUAAACACUGGGCACGGCAUGCACUUGACACACACUGUAAGACUGACUUAGUGGUCAACAACAUUAGUGAGGUGUUCAACAGCUUUAUACUCAAAGUCAGAGAUAAGCCCAUUAGGACCAUGAUUGAUUCAAUUAGGACCAAACUAAUGGUCAGAUAUACAACAAAGAGAGAAGGGGUAGAAACUGCUCAAUGGGAAAUUACUCCAACAUUUGUCGAAAGAUUAGAGUGGGAGAAGAGAAAUUCAAGGUGGUGGCAAGCUGCACGUGCGAAGAAGGGUCUAUGGCAAGUUACAAAUAUGGAAAGGACAUAUGAAGUGAAUUUAGAAGAAAGAAAAUGUGGUUGCUUCAAAUGGGACCUAACGGGUAUACCUUGCAAACAUGCUGUGCGUGCAAUCAUCAAUGCCAAAGAAUAUCCGGAGGAUUAUGUUAGCGACUUCUUUAAGAAGCCCAUGUACAAAAAGGCAUACAAAAAUCUCAUAUAUCCAGUUCCAGGACCUCACGGAUGGACCAAAACCGAUACACCUGAUAUAGACCCACCUGAGUACGAAACUAAACGUGGAAGAAAACAGAAGAAAAGACGCAGGGGGCAACAUGAAGCGUCUAAGUCAACUACUCAAGUCAGAAUGACAACAAUUACUUGCUCGAAUUGCAAAUUGCAUGGACACAGGUACACAAACUGUGUACAACCUUUGAAGCCGCACUUGGCAAUAAGAAAGGCACAACACAAGACUACUAGGACGCCACGAGGUGAAGGGUCAGCUCCACCUCAAGCGUCGCCGCGGGCUGCUGCACCACCUCAAGCGUCGCCGCGGGCUGCUGCACCACCUCAAGCUCCGUCGCGUGCUGCUGCACCACCUCAAGCUCCUCGACGGCCAGCUCCACCUCAUGUUCCUCGACGGCCAGCUCCACCUCAUGUUCCUCGACAAACUUCUGCUCAUCAAAAUUCUUCUGUAACAGGAAGAUCAUCAGGUGCAAGCGGUUCGAAUUUAGGAAUGCAAGGGUAUGAAAGCACAAGACUCUAUUCUUACUUCACAGCGGGUCUAGGCUACCAAGCAGAAGCCAAUCAAAAUGAAUGAAAUAUAAGAUGGCUGUAACCUUUUGUUGUGUGACUUGAUGUAUGUGCGACCUGAUGGAAUAUAUAUGCUAGAACUAUGCUAGAACUGAUGGAAUACUAUCUCUAAAUAUUAUGUUGUCUGCCACCUGAUGUUCAUAUUGUUUCUCUAAAUUAUUUCUAACUUUCCCACUGACAGUAAUAUUGUUUCUCUAAAAUAUAUACAUGAGAGCUGGUUCUUAUGGACAUAGGACAAAUAGGUGAGUUGGUUCGACUCAUGUAUAUUUGGUGGUCCCCUUUUGUCAGUUUGGCUAUUAACUAAUUAGUCAGUCAGUUAACCAGACUAAUCCUAAGUUUGGAUUUCUGUGCAACAAAGUACAGGUAAAGUUGGUGUUCUUUGCAACAGACAUCAAUAGUGAGUACUUUGUGCAACGAAGACAGCGAAAAUAGGUGGUCUGUGCAAUUU